AUGCACCCUCCUAAGCAGGACGAGGCCAGGCAACGCGCAUCACGGGCCUGCGAUUUCUGCCACACAAGGGGUCUCAAAUGCCGUCGUCGGGCGCCAGAUGGAACAAGUCUCGGCCCUGAGGCUGGCUGUCUCACUUGCACCGACUACGGGGCUCAGUGCACCUUGAACCGACCUGUUCGUCGAAGAGGCAGGAAGCCAAAGAAGAUAGCAGUCCAGCAACAACAAUCACCUGACGACGACGGCGGCGGCGGCGACGACAACCGCGCAAACCACAGCGAGGGGGAUCGAAACACCGAACUCGAAUCAUUGGAUGCCAUACAACGGCUGAUACGAAUCUACUGUAACACUACGUACCAGUGCUAUUUCCCAUUUCUGCCGGAGAACGACCUGUUGACGCGCUGGCAGGAUGACAUCCCGGACCCAGACAGUCCAUCAUACAUGCUGCUGAUGGCGCUCUGUGCAGUCAGCUCCCAGGCCGUCGCGCUCAACGCCGUCUUUGACUCCACGUUACUCGAAGGCCUGCCCGACCACGACAGCGGCAGGUACUACUCGGAAGCCGUGUCCAAGAUACCGGUCCAGAUCGGUCAACCGCAGGACCUUGAUUCCUUGCGCUCUUUCGGUCUCUUGGCGGUGUACUCGUUGCUGUACGGCAACCACAGCGAGCUCCACCAGUACCUCGGCCUGUACCAUGCUUUGGUCGCUCAGUGCGCCUUCCACGACGAGAGCCGCUGGCCCCGAGACCUCUCGUUGGGUGACAUAGACGACCGGAGACGGCUGUUCUGGUGCGUGUACCGCCUCGAGAUCCACUCCGCGUGCGUGCUGGGUCACACGGUGCGCAUGCCCGAGGCCCAGGUGUCGGUCCUGUACCCUCGCCUGACGCCCGCCAUGGCACCCGAGACCUACGCCUGGACCGCGGGCUGGGACUACAUCACCGACCUUUUUCGGCUGUUGGAGUACGCCAUCUUCAGCCUCAGGGGCUGCAGGAGUCGCAACGCGGUGUUUGCAGCCCUCUGCGAACGACCUUCGCCCGCGACGCUGCUCGACAGUCUGGCUCGACUCAAACAGAACAAACCUCGGAUACUAUCUUCUCUGUCCGAGCAGCCAGGGUCUGGACCAGAAGAUGACGGUAGUAACCAACUCCAAAGUAACAGGUGCAAGUACAUGGCCGUCCAGAUCGCCUGCACCGAGACUCUGGUCAACAUCAUGGUCUUGCUCUACUGCCAAGCUCCCGCCCGGGAGGUCAUGUCCAUCGCGGAGAGCUUCCUCGAAGAAGUGACCAAAGCACCACUCAUCAUGUUCAAGGUCGCCAGUAGCCAGAUUGUACACCAACUGCUCGGCGUUGGACAAAUCAUCUACAACGCCUCUCUGUACGACAGUGGACUGUAUCGAUCCGAGGCAAAGCGGCUACUGACGUUCUUGGGAGACUUGGUACAAAAUCUGGAGAACGAUAUCCCCUCAGCAGCUAGAGCAAGGGAACGAUUACUGAACUUGGCCGAAGGCUGCGUCAUUACGGUUGUACAAUGAAC